UAUCUGUGCGGCAGCUUCAACGUGCGCUUGUGUUUCGGACCAACUUUGUCCGAGUCGGAGCGAAUGUGUUUCGCCCGCCGUUUGCCCCAAAGGCUGCGUGACAAGUUUGGAGGGAGAGAGAGAGAGGAAAGAAGAACUCGCAUCACUAUUUCUAAAUUGGUACAGUGAGAUUUUUUUUGGGAGGGGGGCGUGGACGGUGGAGGAGCAGCAGCCAGGGAACAUGUUGGCUGUUGGCCGCAGUUCCAGUGUGGUGAUGUGCCGGCUGGAGGAACCGGGCAGCGCGUGAGACUGAGCCGCUCGGACGCGGAGCGUUUUUAUUAUUAUUAUUAUUAUUAUAAUCUGGAUGUAUUUCACCAACGCGCUGCCGUUCGGCGAUGCACGAGACUUGAAGGAAGGAGCACGAGCCGUUGUUGGAAGGUUUGGGGGUUUUUUUUGGAGACGCGGCAGCUGCCGUGCGUAACAGGCGGAAUCUAUUUGAAUGACAAUAGUUUGCGGCGGUCGCUGUCAUGUUUGUUUAAGGAAGCCUAAUUAUUCGAGCUGACUGCGCACGGUAAGUCGCUGUGUGCCAGUUCCAUUCUGAUGUUUCUAAAUGACGUUUUGGAGAUCUGGAAGCCGUCGCAAGUGAAAGUGAAGUGAUGUCAAAAUGUUGACAGGUGUUACGGUCAUAGGGUUUUAAUUCACUGCGUGUUAAUGUCUUGAAACGUCGCGGACUCAGUGAGGUCGCAGUGGUGACCGAACCUGUGGUAUGGAUUAUCUAUCUUAAGUACUCGGGAGAAAACGCACGCUGGGAUCAACAAUCUUAUGAUGCGCUCGAAACGCCGAACGGGGAAGUAGCCAUCACUUUCGCGUCUCCUCUUCCCUGCCGAGUUGUGGCCGAUCUGCCAACGGCCAAAAUGACAAGCAACGGACCCGUCAUCGUCUACGAGUGGUUGAAAACCCUGCAGCUCGCCCAGUAUGUCGAGUCGUUUGUGGAUAAUGGAUACGACGACCUGGAGGUUUGCAAGCAGAUCGGGGACCCCGACCUGGAUGCCAUCGGCGUCUACAUCCCUCACCACAGGCAGAGGAUCCACGAGGCGGUGAGGAGGCUGAAGGAGGACGCCAAGGAGACGGCGAGCGCACUGUACUUCACCCUGGAGCCGAUGCCACCCGCCGCCGAGGUUUACACCAGCCACAUGGUGGACCAGUACGAGUCCAGGCUGCGGGGCUCCAAGUCCUGGACCGAGCACAACAGUGAGCGCGUCGGGCGCACCGGCGGCUACAUGGGCGCGCAGAGGAACCUGACGCUGGGCAACAGGAGGGAGCUGGUGGUCUAUCCCAAGCUGAAGUUGAAGAUCAUGAUCAGGGAUAAACUCAUCAGAGACGGCAUCAACCUCGCCAGGCCACCAUAUUCUGAUAAGGAUGGUUCUCUGGGCAACAUAGAUGACCUUGCCCAGGAGUACUCUGAGUACUACAACACCUGCUUCAGUGACGUCAGCGAUCGCAUGGAGGAGCUACGCAAACGACGAGUCUCCCAAGAGCUUGACAUGGAGAAACAGGACCCAAGCAGCACCUCUCUGCAGCUCCGUAAUGAGAUCCAGGAAUCAUUAGGCUUCAGCAGCGAGGUGUCGACUCCAGAAACAGACAGAAAAAUGCCCCUGCACAAGUCCAGCUCUGAAGAUGGAUCUGGAGGUAAAUGGGACAACAAGAAGAAAAACAAAUCUUUUUGGCAGAACUUCCGCAAGUCUCCGCAUAAACCUGUCAUGCGACAGACAUCCAAAGGAGAGGACAUCGGCUACGUGGCCAGUGAGAUCACCAUGAGUGACGAAGAGCGAAUCCAGCUGAUGAUGAUGGUGAAAGAGAAGAUGAUCACUGUAGAAGAAGCUCUAGCUCGGCUGAAGGAGUAUGAGCGCAGCAAACAGUCCUGCAGUACUGACUCUGCAGAGUGGACUGACGGAUCUGCAACAAAUCUAAACCAGUCCUCAAACUGCGAAUCUCGUGAACAGUCAGAUGAUGAGCAAUCAGAGGACUCUGUGAAGUUCAAACGGCUCCACAAGCUGGUUAACUCGACACGCCGGGUCAGGAAGAAACUCAUCAAGGUGGAAGAGGGCAAGAAACAUGGCUCUGAAGAUUUUCUGAAUUUGGAGGCACCUCCCACCUGUGAGGACAACACAGCUCUCUAUACCGGGGUCCUAAAGAAGCCCCCUUUGCCCCAGGAGGCCUCUCUGCCAUCCCUUACCCAGGAUCAACUGUCUCUUGAUGGGGACACGGACAGUCUGACCACCUCCCCAUCCUCCAGCAGCUUGGACACCUGGUCUGGACACAAGCUGGUCAAAACCUUCAGCAAGUCUUCCAGUAACCACGGUCUCAUCCGGCCCCCCAAGAGAACCCCGGUCGGCUCUGGGGGCGUGGGAGAUAGUGGCUCUUCCUUCUCUGAGUUGGAUGGCUGUGGAUUGGACGAAGAGGGGAAACUGUCACGCUCCACGACCGACAGCGAGAUGCGGAAGGCGCUGAGCUCAAUCUCCCAUGGGGUAAGUAACAACGAGGCCCUCUACGCCUUCUAUGGCCUCACCAAACCUCGUCCCAAACCCCAUCCCCAGUCUCGCCUCCUGAUCUCCCUGGAUGACGGGCCACAUGGCAGCCUCAAACACCAGACUGCCAAUCGACACCAUGGCAGCUGGACACACCGGAAACCUGACCCCAACUACGCUUACUCCACCAAACACCUACUGUACCAGCGCUCGCGCAAUGCCAAAACCCCUGUCUCCCCCCUGUCUGUCACCCCCUCCUCCCCUGCCCGCUGUGACGUAGCCAAAUCAAAGGGUUUUGGAAGUGGGGCAGGGGGCUGGGUGUUCCCCUCUCGUAGGCUGCGUGGUCGAACAGCAGUCAGUGAGCUGAACAUCACCUAUGUGGUAGAACGGAGUCUGUAUGGUCACCUCAACUGGGCCCAGCUGGUCCGCCCAGUUACCCUCAGUCGCGCUGAGCGCCGCUGUCUAUUGGAGGAGGACCGUGAGGCGGACAGGAAGUGGGCGGCCAGCGUAGACCGCUGCACCAAGCGUGUGCUCUUGCGCAUCCAGCAGAAGUCUAGAACGUGCAGCUUCGGAGGCUUCGACCUGACCAACCGUUCGCUCCACGUUGUCAACGCGGGCUCAGAGGCCAAUAACAGGGAACAGGAGGCCAUAUACAGAGAAGUGGUCAAAUCCCCCACUACGUCUCGCAUCUCACUGGGCAAGAAGGUCAAGUCGGUCAAGGAGACGAUGAGGAAACGCAUGUCAAAGAAGUAUAGCAGCUCCUUGUCUGAGCAGUCCAGUCCGGACGGAGCCCCUGGUUCCCCUCAGUCCCCUCAGCCCGACACUGACUCUCUGGAGAAGCCCAAGCUGAAGGCUGGAGGCUCAGUGGAAAGUCUGCGUAGUUCACUCAGCGGACAGAGUUCAAUGAGUGGUCAGACAGUCAGCACCACCGACUCAUCGGCCAGUAACAGAGAAAGUGUGAAGUCGGAGGACGGAGAUGACGAGGAGCCGCCUUACAGGGGACCGUUCUGUGGUCGUGCCAGAGUCCACACUGACUUCACCCCCAGCCCGUAUGACUCAGACUCCCUCAAACUAAAGCGUGGAGACGUGAUUGACAUCAUCAGUAAGCCACCUAUGGGAACAUGGAUGGGGCUGCUCAACAACAAAGUGGGCACCUUCAAGUUCAUCUACGUGGACGUGCUGAGUGAAGAGGAGGAGAAACCCAAGAGGCCCGUGAGGAGGAGGAGGAAAGGCCGACCGCCCAAACCCGCCUCCGUGGAGGAUCUGCUGGAGCGCAUCAACCUCAAGGAGCACAUGCCUACUUUCCUGUUCAAUGGCUACGAGGACCUGGACACAUUCAAGUUGCUUGAAGAGGAGGACUUGGAUGAGCUGAACAUUAGAGAUCCUCAGCACAGAGCCGUGUUACUCACUGCUGUAGAGCUGCUGCAAGAGUAUGACAGCAGCAGUGAUCCAGAGCGCAGCGGCCUGUCGGGCUCCCAGGAGAAGCUGCUGUCUGAGGGCCGCGGCCUGGUGGGAGACUCCCCGCGGGACUCCGGGUGCUACGAGAGCAAUGAGAACCUGGAGAAUGGUAAGAGCAGGAAAACGUCCCGUUCCAGUCGCUCCUCAGCAGGAAUCCAGUCUCCAGAUUACCCUACCCUGCCCAUGACCCUUUCGACAGAGGCUCUGCAACAGAACAGCAAGAACCAGCGCACAAAGUUCCCGAAAAGCUUCUUCAUCAAACCCUCCCUCAAGGGCUUCAACCUGCUGCGCAAAGCCCAAAGACGGUCCCCCAUCCCAGCCAGCCGCAGCUGUGAGGACCUGGAUGGACCCCAACAACCCACUGGACCCUGGAAACGCUCCCACUCUCUGGGAGACCUGCACUGGGAGCAGACUUACGAGCAGAAGGAGGUUCUGGUUGUGGCGGUCGAACCCACCAAGUCAGACAGCAGUAGCUCCACCAAGGUGUGUAGAGACGAGGGGACCCCAGCUCAGAAUGGGCCUCCAGCAGUGAGCCCUAAAGGAAGGGCUGAGAGACCACCCAUACCUUCCCAGCUGCCCCUUCGCCCCCCGUGUCCCAUAACCCAGUCCCCCACUCGACCAGAGCCCCUCUCCAGUCCUACCCCAAGUCCUCCUGGUUCUAGUGGCGAGAGGGUGAUUCGGACUCACCCCAAAAAGCCUCCAGUCCCUCCUCCUGUUCCUGCCAAAAAGUCUAGGGAGAGACUGGCCAAUGGUCUUCGUCACUUACCUCUCUCCCUGCCCUCCUCGCCAUCUCCCACUCCCUCCCCUACCCACUCCCUCACCCGUUCUCACCCCAGUAGCCCCGUAACCCGAAGUAGCUGCAGCAGCCCCAGCGCCCCUGCUCUACCCGCUAAGAGCCCGAGCACCCCCGCCAGCCCCUGUGCCACGUCAUCGGCCUUCUCCAUGGGCGAGGAGUCAGGCACUCCCCCGGCAGUCCAGCCUCCGUGGCUCUCAGAUCUCGGGGGCAAGGUGGCCGUUGCGAGAAAACUGUCCCAUACCAAGAUGAGUUGUGACCUGCUCACCCUGCUGGAACAACGGCUGGAGGCGGAGGGAAUCGACCUGACAGAGGAGCCCUAUUCUGACAAGCAUGGCCGGUGUGGGAUCCCCCAGCCGCUGGUGCAGCGUUACUCCGAAGACUUGGAGCAGCCCGUCAAGGACGUGGCCUCCACCAUGGACCAGCUCCGAGUCAAAGAGCUUCGCAAACAACACCGCAUGGCUAUCCCCUCUGGAGGUUUGACAGAGAUGUGCCGAAAGCCUCUGACCUCAGGUAACAUCAGCACGGUCCCUGAUUGGCUCACCUCCAUCGGCCUGCCGAUGUACGCCACCUCCUUGGCGGCGGCGGGGAUCGACACGCUGAGUCGCGUGGCCCUGUUAACGGAGAGCAGCGUGCGGGAGGCCGGGGUGCGGGAUCAAAGACACGCCCGCCGGCUGGUCAGCGAGGCGCGCUCCGUCAGCGCACACAGGGAGAUGUAGUUCUCAUCCAUGUCGGCGGAGGAGUCUGGUUGGAUAACAGGUAUCAACUCACUGGUCGGUGCUGUGUCAUUUAAACAUGGUCAGUAAGUGGCUGAAGGCAAAUUGGCCACGGGACUGAUCUACCACGCAGUACUUCCUGUCUCGCACGUGUCAAAAGACUGAAAGUGAGCCCUCCCUGCUCUCUGAUUUUUUUUCUUUUGGCUCUGUCAUUGAAACUUUUCAAAUGUUUACGCCGCUGAGGAAUUUCUCUCAACAGCCAAGAAAAGAUAUGAGAUGCCUUUUGAAAAUAAGACUAAAGACUCCCGCUUGUGGACGCCCACGUCAAAGUCUUAAAAUAAAGACUUGGAUCUGCCUUUAAGGAAGAUAGCACACUCUUUUGUAGGAUUUUUUUUUUUUAAAUACAGAAAGAGUUUCUUUUUCCCCUGCAUAAUUCAUAAGUGCUUCGUUUUCUUCUCUUGUGGCGAAGCAGCAUUAUCUGAGGGUCUUGUAAGGAAGUAGUGAUUUCAGCCUCUCAUUCCCACUAAUAGUUUCAUAAUGAUGCUGACAGAAUUCAGUCAGUGUCCGGACUUCUAAUCCACUGAAGACGUACAACGAGUAAGGCAUGACUGGUGGUUUCGAGACGCGAGUUUUGUAUUAUGUUUCUGUAUUAUAGCAUAAUGAAUAUCUUCAUUUUAAAAUGGUUUAUAUGUUAAAAAUCUGUGUUUGCCUUUUGAAUGUUACGGCCUUGUUUGGAGGCCAGCUCUCAGUCAUUUCUAAGCUGACAACAGCUGACAUCACACCCUUAUAUUUCAUAUUAUACUCCUAUGUCCUAUUUUACUGCAUAUCUUAGAUGUGACGUCCAGCUCCGAUAUGAAUACAAGUCUUACAGAAAGCUCUGUUUUACUCCAGUUACCACAAUCAGCUUUCACAGCAACAGACACAUUCCCCGUGUACCCCAGGACUUUUUAAGUUGCCUUACCAGUUUGAACGAACGGCUGGAAGAAACAAAGCGUAGCGCUGACGUAACCUUGACUGGGACUGGACUGUGCUGAAGGUUGGAAGCCCUUUUGUCCUGAAUGUGUCAAAGUCUGGGAAAUAAUUGAGACGGGGAUUUUGUGAACGCACACCAGUUCAUACAUGCAGAUGUGGACCGCAGAACCUGCUGCCGAGGGAUCGUGGUUCUUAUUCUUGUGACACUCGGCUGAUGAACCACACAAACCACAGGGACGACGCGGCGGAGUGUGAAGGAUUUUGUUCAUCACGUUCACUGUGCAUGCUCCAUGGAGAGAGUUGUGAGACAGGAGAAAAUACAAAUGUUCCAAAGACACAGCUGAUAACUGGAUUUUGGAAUUUAUUGGACUGUCUACACUUUGGUUACAGAAAUUUGAUUCAUAGCUGGAUAAUAAGCUGUUUGGGGACUUUUUAAAACACAUUUUACAGAAGCUGUAAUUAUCGCCAGUCGGACAGUCUUGAUUUGAACGUGGAGGAUAGAAGGUGGGAGUAGAUGUAUCAGGUGACAAGUUGAGCUCCAAGCUCAGCGUACACGAUGACACUAAAUAGUCUUGAAAAAUCAGGGAAACACAGACUGUACAGGGAACCACUGAGUCAGGUCAGUACGUUACAAAAACUUUGGGCCAAAAACAGAAGUGAAAACAAACCGGAAACUCUCUGCUCUUUCAUUUUGCGCACUCUGGAUUAAAAAUGGAUCUAACAAAAUAUUCUUCGGUUGACUUUUUUUUUCUUCUUACAGUUCAGUUCCGUCUUUCACAGUCGGAACUGAACCGAAGACUUAUUCCAUGAAUUUCGUAUUUAAAAAAAAUUGACCAAGUGUUAUUAUUAGAUUUCUAAUUGCCUUUUUGUUUUUGCGGUGGGCACUUGAUAGAUAGAUAGAUGUUUGAUGCCUUUUUUUUCUCUCUCUCUCUUCAAUCAAAGUGGUGCUCUGGGAAAGUGAGGACGGGGGUCACUAUUAAAAACAAGUGUUUUGUAAUGAAUGAGAAUACUGACACUGUAAAUGCACUUUAGAGGGUAAAUCUAGCUGUUUUUCUAGGUGAAAUUGGCCACAUUUCGUUCACAGCUCCGUAAAAUGGACAUCUGUUGUCAGGUAUUAAAAAGGGUUUCUGUGGGUUAUCCUGGUAUUUUAAUUUAGUAUUGAACUCCCGAUGCCAAGUUUAACAACGACUCAUGAGUUAACCCGUUCCAGUGACUUACUUCCAGUUUGUUUUUGCAGCCUUACAAAAAUAAAUUCUUAAUUACAUAUAUGAAAUGCUUGGCAGAAGUUGGACAUUCUGUAUAUGUAAUUGAUAUUUAAUGAAUAACUUAUUUUACCUUUUUUUUCUCUCCACAUCAACUGUAAUUAGCUGUACUAUAUAUGAAUAGCAAUACCUUCCUGCAUAAUGCAUAUUGCUUUAGCCAGUGAGGAACUACGGUAUGUAUUGUAAAAUAUGUGUACAAAUAAUUUUAUUUGGUUUUCAUCUACCUAAUGAUUGUCCAUACAGAUUUGCUUGUGUAUUGAAACAACAAAAGUAAUGUCCAUAACUAUUUGUCAUUCUUAAAUACAAUAAAAACUGUUUCUUGCCAUA